GACAGCGUCCUGCCUGUCUGUCUGUCUCUCUGCCUGUCUGUCUCUCUCUCUGUUACUCAUCCCUCCAUCAGGACCGAUCAGGACCGAUCCGGACCCGUGGACCGUGUGUGAGACCCUCUCUCCAGCAUCAUGUCCGGCACCAAGCAGGAGGACCGCAAAGGCUCCGGAGAGUGGCGCGAGUUCUUCUGGAACCCGCGGACCCACGAGCUGAUGGGUCGAACCGCCACGAGCUGGGGUCUGAUCCUGCUCUUCUACCUGGUCUUCUACCUGUUCCUGGCCGGGAUGUUUGUUCUCACCAUGUACAUCAUGCUGCUGACGCUCGACGACUACAAACCCACCUGGCAGGACCGCCUGGCCACUCCAGGGAUGAUGAUUCGUCCGAAGGGUGAUCAGCUAGAGAUCAGCUUCUCGACUGCGAACACUGAAAGCUGGGACGGUUUCACCCAAACCCUCAACAACUUCCUGUCCACGUACAAUGACAGCUAUCAGGUCCAAACCAACGACAACUGUCCCCCAGACCAGUACUUCAUCCAGGAGGACAGUGGGGAGGUCAGGAACAAUCCUAAACGUUCCUGUCAGUUUAAUCGGACUAUGUUGGAGGACUGUUCCGGGAUCACGGAUCGUUUUUAUGGUUACGACAGAGGUCAGCCCUGCAUCCUCAUCAAACUGAACCGGGUGAUUGGUAUGUUACCAGGGAAGGACGGUCAGUCUCCUUUUGUCACCUGUGGAGCCAAGAGGGAGGACAGUGAUAAGAUGGGGCCUGUGGUGUAUUUUCCUCCUAACGGGACCUUUAAUCUCAUGUACUACCCGUACUACGGAAAGAAAGCUCAGGUGAACUACACGCAGCCGCUUGUGGCUGUCAAGUUCCUGAACGUUACGAUGAACGCCGACAUCAACGUGGAAUGUAAGAUCACCUCCAACACGCUGGCCGACGGCAGCGACAGGGACAAGUUCGCUGGACGGGUCUCCUUCAAACUACGAGUCAACGACAAAUAGACACAUGUAGAGAGAGAUACACACUCAGACACACACACACACACACAUACACACAUACACACACAGAUACACACUCAGAGAUACACACACACACAGAUACUCACUAAGAGAUACACACACACACACACACACACAUACACACUAAGAGAUACACACUCAGAGAUACGCACUAAGAAAUACACACACACACACACACACACACAUAGAGAUACACACAUUCUCAGACGCCCCCUUGCAGCGUGUCUGUAUCUGUGUGUGUGUGUGUGUGUGUGUGUGUGUGUGUGUGUGUGUGUGUGUGGUGUGUUCACUGACUCCUCCCCCUUCGUUCCUCUGUUCGUUUUGUUUCGGUGCAGCUUUAACACGUCGACCCUGAAACCGACCAAUCAGCACGCACACAUGUUGUAAUGUCAGUGACGGAUCGACGGCCUCGUCCAAUUGUUCUGCACUGUGUGACCUCAUCACACCACCGCCGAUCAGG